AACACAAGUUUCCAACUAAACGCUAUUUGUAUUUUUCUGGGUUAUUUUGUUUAAUAAUUUGUAAUAUUCACAUCACUUUACAUGAACUUUAAUGUAUACGUGAAACAAGGAUCGUAGUUUGAUAGUUCAUUUCGAGCAUUCGUUGUACUCACCAAGAUUGCGUUAAUUUAAAAAUUAGAAUAACUAGAGUUGCAAAAGAAAAUGUCGUGCCCUAUACAAGAUGUUGUGGAAGAAGAUGCAGCCGAUUUGCAGUUUCCAAAAGAAUUUGAAAAUGCAGAAACUUUACUUAUAUCUGAAGUGGACAUGUUGCUAGAACAUAGGAAGGCACAAAAUGAGUCAGCAGAAGAGGAACAGGAAUUUUCAGAAGUGUUUAUGAAGACAUUAACAUACACCAAUAUGUUUAAAAAAUUUAAAAAUAAGGAAACAAUAGCUGCUGUUAGAAAUCUCUUACAGUCCAAGAAAUUGCACAAAUUUGAAGUAGCGAGUUUAGCAAACUUAUGUCCAGAAACACCGGAGGAAGCAAAGGCUUUAAUUCCAUCACUGGAAGGUAGAUUUGAAGAUGAAGAGUUACGGAUUUUACUUGAUGACAUUCAAACCAAAAGAAGUAUACAAUAUUAAUUCCAUACAAAUAU